AUGAACGUCGGGGCUGAUGUACCUCUAACGGCUUUCCAGGAACUGAGAAAUAGGAAUUCCAAUACCGAUACAGCCCAGAAAAACAUACAGGUUCAUACACUCAUCAAGGAUACGAUAUCUUCGCAGAAUUUUCUUAGUGAUCUACACAACUCAAUUGCAAACAGUCCACUCAUUAGUGAAUUAUGUCGUCAAAUUACGUCAUCACCAAUAUUUGUUCAAUUAAUCUCAACUCUGGUCUCAUCAAAAAUAACACACUGUGAAAAACAAAUCGAAAAAUUGCAAUUAACCGUCGAUGAACUCGAUAACACCGCAACAGAACUUUAUGAGUAUGUUGAUCAAUUAGAAAUGAGAUACAAUGAAUUAGAACAAUAUAAUAAACGAAAAAACUUGAUUAUCCAUGGGAUUCCUGAAACAUUAAAUGAACAUACUGAUAAAAUUGCUAUGGAUAUUGCUAAAUGGAUCGGUCAUUCAUUGGAUGAAAAAUCAAUUUAUGCGUCGCAUCGACUACCAACUAGCAAUAAAAAUAUUCCUAGACCAAUUGUAGUUGGUUUUUUACGUUAUUCUGAUCGACAAGCAAUCAUUAAAAAUCGACAGAAAUUACGUACACAUCAACGUUAUAAAAAUGUAUUUAUCAAUGAGCACUUAUCGUCAUUUAAUAAUCAGUUAUUUCAGUAUGCACGACAAAAUCUAAAUAAGCGUGGUAUUCAAACAAGAAACGGCAAUAUCUUCUACAUUGACUCGAACAAUGAAAAGCACAGAAUUCAAUCGUUCUCAGAUAUUGAUAAAUUGACUCGCACACAGCACACAGGUUAG